AUGGAUGCUUAUGAACGCAAGGAUGAACGAGGAUGCCAAUUGCUCCUGGUUCUGUCGAUCGCCAAGGGUGAAGAUCCGACGCAGUUCGAAGUUCGAUUUUAUGGCAUCAAUUCGUUUGGCAGUAGUAUCCGAGAUCUUUUGCUUCGAUUACCAAACACAACGGAUGUUCAAUCCAUACCUCUUGCUUGGGCUCCAACAAAGAUUAUUCAUGCACCUCUAGAAGAUGAUCCCUUUGAAUUGGCAGUCCUUAUAGCGGGGAGCGAUAGUUGUGUCCAUUUGUUUCUUGAGAAUCCAUCGACGACUGUGCCCCGUACUAAGAUCUUUGAGGAACGCCCUAUCGAGUCCCACUUCCCCCUUCUAGCAUCCUUUCCACAUUGCGAAUACUGCGUUUUGAGCUUGGUGGUUAAGGAUUUUCCAUCAUGUCGCGUGGUUGCUGCAGGAACACAGAAUGGGACGUUGAACGUUGCAAUUAUUCCUAGGAAUCCGGAAACAUUAAAGCUGAAUAGAGCGCAAGCCAAGACUCACACCAUCGUGCUAUUUGCCCCCAUCACGACACUAGUAGUUUUCACUUCGCGCGUAGAACCAGAGAGAAGACAGAGUCAACAGAGGCGGACAAAGCGAUACCAUUCAUCAGCUAAUAUGACCUUAGAUGUGAAUGAAGUGAAUGAAGUAAAAAAUACUUUACUGGAACAGAGCAACAGAGGCGAUGUAUCUAAUAGGCCUACAUCAGGAAUUGAUGAUUCAUGGAAAUGUGGAGAGGCUAAAAAGGAAGACACGAAUGAAGAGGAGGAGGAAGAGGAAGAGGAGGAUGCUAGUAUUCACUUACUGGUUACAUGCGCUAUCGAGCAAGGAUGGAUAUACAGCGAUAUUAUUAAGCACGGGCUCAAUCGACGGUCAGAUCUUGCCGAAUGUUCGUAUCACGACAGUAUCCUUGCAGCAUAUGUCAUGGACGCAGAUUGGGAUGGACGUCAGGAAAUCAUGAUUGGGACCUAUGGACGUCAGCUGAUGGUCUUCAAGGAGCUUGCACCUGGUCAAGGACCGUAUUCCAACAGUCUAUCUACUCGAUCUGAAUCAGGGCAUCACCAUACUCUAAGCCGUUUUCAACAGCAACGACGGCAGCAAUACUGCCCUACUCCAUCGCUUUCUAGGUUCAUAUCUUCUUCUUCACCUCCCGUUUGGGGUAUGACAUGGAAUCGCCGUCUUGCUACUCCUGUGUACGGAAUUUCAUCAGUAGACUUGAAUGACGACGGACUAGAAGAGCUGGUGGUCACAACACUUAAUGGUGUAUCCUUCUUCUUACCAGAUCCCUUGUCUGCCAAACGGAGGCUCGCUCAAGCAGUGAAUCGAAUGCGGGAGAUUGAGGAAUUGCGUUCAACAUUGGAGCAAUUGCGCAGAUCGAACGAGGAGAUAUUGGAAGCACGGCGGGGGCGGAAAGAGGAAGAAGAAAAGGAGCGCUUAAGGAAGAUACAGCGACCAAAAGAGGAGAAAGAGGAAGAAGAGAAAGAGAGAGAGAGAGUGGAAAAGGAAGAGGAAGCACAACUGAGAAAAGAAGAAAAGGAGUUCCAGACGAUUGAAGAAAAAGAACACCAGGAGAUUGAAGAGUACUUACAACAGGAGAAGAGGUCCUUGCAAAUGGACGAGGCAUUAAAAGGCGGCGAGAAAAAGCCAGAGUUAAACUUGGAGGCAACAUGGAAUGAGGAGCCUCGGCAAUCCAUACAGGAAGAAAAUCAAAAGAAUUAA